AUGCAUGUUUGUGCUCAAUGUGGGAGUACACAGUCAACUAUUUUAGAUGGUUUAUAUUAUUGUAGGAAUUGUGGUCAACAAAUCUUGGUAUGUUUCUUGUUUCGGUAUUAUUUAUUGUUAAGGCAUUGCGGGAAAUAGACCUUGAUGCUGAUCUGUUUGAUAAUCUUGGUCCAAGCUUUUCGCAUGCUAGUAUUCUAAAGACGCCAAAGGAAAAGAAAGAUAAAGAAACAGAAGUCAGAGAGAGCAAAGUUGAUAUUCUCAACUCUACUACUCAGAAAAAUGUAGAUUUUCCACGCUUUUUGGCUACUGUUGGGAAGCGGUUAACAACAGCUGUUUUGAUUUUGGUGAAGAUCAGUCGAGAGUUGGAGAAAGAACUCAAUGUUUCGGAGGAUUUAAAGGUAUACUUAUGUUAGCUGUCAUAUUUUUAGAUAAUGUUUGAUCAGUUCAUUGAUUUUUUGGCUUUAAAGGCAAAAGAUGUUAGUUAAAUUAUUAAAGUUUUGUAUUUAAAGGAGGUGGUGAUUGCCUUGUAUCAAGAAUACCUGAAGAAACUGAAUGUUGCUUUUGUGGAUACAGAAGUAGAUGAGGAUGACGAAAAACAACUCAAGAUGUUGUUUAAAAAGAAUAACGAGUAAGUGUUUUAUAGGGUUAUUAAUUCUCGGCAAUUUUAUAUUGUUUUAGUAAUUAAAGUUACAAUGUUUAUGUGCUAUGUGAUUGCUUUGUAGGGAAUUGAAAGCAGAGACGAAAAAAGCAAAAGAAGAAGAUAAAAGGAGAAGAAAAGUUGAAAAAGAAUUGAAGAAGUCACAGAUGAGUCUUUUUGAUCAAGUCACGGUGGAGGUAUGCAUCUUUUUAAAAAGGUUAUAUUAAUAUGUUUAAAAUUAUAUUUUUGAAAAUCAUUAAAGUAAGUUUACUUUAUUUAAGCUUUUAAUGUAAAAGGUUUAGGAACACCUGAAAGAAGCGGAUUGUUCAGUAGCUAUUGAUAUGAUAAAGUCGAUCAACACGAAACUGUCGAUAAAGUCGUUGAAUAUAGCUGCUAGAGUUUACCUUGGUAUUGAUAUGCUACUCUCUAUUACAUACCUUGGCCUUCUUUUAGUUGGCGAACGUAAUAUCUUGUUGUCUGAUCUAAUGCGGUAAGGAUUGUGUUUUUUUAGUUAGUUAAAAGUUUUAAAUGAUUAAUGGGUUCAAAAGUUUGUAGAAUUCUUUAUAUUUGAAAUUUUUUUUGUAUUUAUUCUUGUUGAUUUUAUGUUUCUUUACAUAUAAACUAAGUUCAUAGAGGAUUUUGGACAGUUCUCACUUAUUCUAACAUACAUUAUUCUUUAGAUGGCAAAGAGAAGAUCGUUUUAAAGUGUCAGAUAAACAAUUGCAAUCUUUAACACAGGCUACUGAUUACGAUAAAGAGCAAAUAGCUAAGUCUAUAAGCUCAAGGAUGUAUUACACGUUUCUUAUUUCAGGGGUAAGUUUAUUUUUUUGAAGUAGUUUAUUAUAUUAUUAUUUCUUUGUACUAUAAGAUAAAUCUAUAGAUGUAAGCCAAUUUUAAAGUUAAUAUCUAAAAACCAAACUGAUUAUUAACUUUUAUAUGAUUUCAGAGAAGUUUUUUGGUUGAAGCUUAUGCGACAUUUUCUGCUCUUUGUGGAAUCACCCAGGUACCUCAAGUCAUACCUGCUCCUUCGAAUGAAAUGAUUUUGAAAAGAUUUGUGUUUGAUCUGAAUCUACCUUUAGGCUUAAUUCUGAGAGUCAAGAUCCUACAAGAGUUUAUCGCUGAGCCGAAGCCUUUCUACGAUCAGAAAUGGCUCCAGAAUUGUUUUCCGUUGGAAUCAGACCUUGACGACGCUGUAAGAGAAUCUUCUACAUUGGGACCGCACAGUUUCUUUCGGGUGAUUAUGGAUAGCUCUUUGUCUUACUUUCAUACAGUAUAGUAAGUUUUUUUUUCGAAAAUAUUUUAGUGUUGAAAAAAAUGAUUUUUUUUUAUUGAUUUGGUCAAAAAGUAAUUUUAUUCAAAGUUCAAAUCAUCAAAUUAUAAUUUAAUUUAACUUAUAAUGUGAAAAUUGAUGUAACGGUACUGUUUUAGCGGAAUAAUGUCAUUCGAAGUUCGUAUCUUGUCACAACUUUUAUUUUGUUUGGUGCUAAUCUACUCUCAAGACUUUGGCAUCGGAACAGAAGACAGUGAUGAUGAUGAAGAAGACAAUUUCAAAAUGACAGAAUGGCUACUACAACUUAUAAUGAGAACCCAAGUCACAGCUGGAAAGUCUAUCGACGAUGUUUUGUCAAGCCAGUAAGUUUUUAAAAAAUGAUAUACAUCAAUUGGAACUUCUGUGUAACGGAGUCUUUUAUAACGAACAGCUGCGAUUUGUAAUUAGGUAACAUUUCAGAAACAAAGAUUUUGCUGAAACAAAAUUGAAUAUCCAAAAACGUCAAGUUAAUCUUGGAAAAUUCAAUCGGCCUAAAAAGGAAAACACAGCCUUGCCACACCGUCUCUUUCUGCCUCAAUCAGAGAAGAUUUUCAGAGAUUGUUUUCCACUGGAUCAUGCUACAGUACUCCCUGUUUCCAGAGAGACUUUGUACUGUAAGUUUCGCCCAUAAAGUUAAUUACAAAAGCUUUUGUAGUGCUAUUAUAUUGUCAAGCGUUUAGAAAAUUUUUAUUAAUGAAUUAGGUAAUACUUAUUGUUUCAGCACCGUACCGAAGUACGUUAGCGCACGUUGAGGAUGUGGAUAAAAGUUCAAUGUUUUUGGACGAAAAAAGACUGGAAAUAUUCUGUAAAGACUUCUCAAUAAGCAAACUACCCUCUUUGUACGAGGAAGAUGUUGAGGUACGACUACUCUUUUGUAACAUAUCUGAAACCUCUUGAGAAGUUGGUAAUGAUUUAUAUAUUUUAGGGGUCACUCAACGAUUUCAAAGCAAUCUUUCCGUUUUUCUCGGAUUACAAAAUGGUUCCACGGAAGCAAUUCCACAUCUUAAGCUACGAUAAUGUAAUUCUUCUGGAGUCAGACCGUCUAUUUCAAAUGUAUGAAAAUGACAAAAAGUUUUAUCACUGGGGAUUCCUCAAGUGUUUGAAUUUGUUGUCUACGGUAAUCGGCGAGAAGUGCGAGGUACUGUACUUGGCCUACUUGAUGGUAGAGGCUAUGUUCUUCUCGCCUUCAAAAGUCACAUCGUAUGACAUUGAUAGUGAUGACAGUAGCGACGAUGAAGUGGUGAGGAAUGAUAAGAGGAAAGUAAAGCAUGGUAAGGUUUAUAAUUUUUUUAACGCUUAAAAUUGUAAAACUUACAGUAUGUUUUGUUAAAAGUUGUGAAAAACUACAAGCAACCAACUGCGUCAGCACGUUGGUUGCUUGUAGUUUAAGGUUUUAAAUUGGUGCAAAAUAGGUAAUUCGAAGUUUGUCGACUUGUGAAAUCUUAUUCAAAUGAGAUGAUUGGUUGAAAUUUUUAAGGUGUGUAGUUUGCACAUAAUUGAUAUGUAAUGUUACACCUUUGUUGACGUUCUAUUUAAAUACAGACUGACAGAGUGGACUAUAUAAUUAAGUUCCAAGAUAUAUGCAUAUGUAUAUUAUCAUGAAACGUGUUUGUAGCUGUUCAAUCUGUUCAAAGUAUGGUUAUAUUGUGUCAUAUGCAGUGGUAUAUCUGCAUGAAAUAGUUUGUGUCUAACAUACGCUCAUCUGACAGACCUUGUUUUACCUUGUUGUAGUCUCGGUUCGUGGUAAAGCCGCAAUGUAGGGCUUUACUGCGUAACGUCUAUUAAUAUGAUUAAACGUGAUAAGUGAUUAAAAGUGCAAGAAGUCUUGUCUUUGGAAAUGUUUAUGAUUAUCCGCUCACUUUGCAGAUUCCUUAAUUACAAUGUUAUUUUAGGGGGGAGUCGAGGCCACCACAAAGUAAUGAAACAACUAAUUAACUCUUUCUGGUAG